AUGUCGGCGCUGUGCUUCGUCUGCAACCUGCCGAUCCUCAGCCACCAGGUGGGGCUGGUGUGGAAGGGCGGCAACGGCGCCGACGAGUACGUGGCGUCGCAGCCGAUUCCGAUCCGUCGGCGCGACUCGUCGUCGCUGGCCGAGGCGCAGCUCAAGUCGCGUCGCCUCGUGGACUCCGGUUCCGACCUCAAGACGGACAUUUCCAAGCUGCUGGCCGGCCGCGACAGCGUCACGGAGCUGUGGCGCAAGCGGCGCGAGAUCCAGGUGCACACAGAACGCGAGGAGCUGCGCACGCGCCGCCAGUCGGCCAGCUCGUCCGGCCGGCGCGACUCAAAGCCAGCCGUCUCGCCGGACGGCAAGUACAUCGAGCCGCGCGCGCUGAUCGAAGCACGCCAGGCGGUGCUGCUCAGCCAGCGCGAUGACGAGGCGACGCGCGAGCCGGCCGAGGAGGGUGUGACACUGAGCACUGCCAAUGUCUCGGAAGGCCGCCAGAGCCCGACCGUGCCGGCGCCGGCCGCCAUCCUGCACCGCACCUCGCUGCCGACCAUUACACCGUUGGCGCGCGGCCGCGACGCGCGCCCGCGCGCUUGCAUCUCACCCGAGCCGAUGCCGUCGUACCGCGGCCGCGAGCCGUCGCCCAAGCAGGGGGGCCUGCGCCGCCAGGCGGCCGCCUUCGACGAGAGUUCGCCGCUGGCGCGCGGCAGGCGCGGCUCGCGGCCGUUCCUCUCACCUGAUCCAGGCGAUGCGGACCCGGCGGCGCGCGGUCGCCGGCGCGACUCGCUCUCGCCCGACAGCGCCGCGGAGGAGAUGAACCAGGCACGCCGGCUCAAGAGCCGCCGCCAGUCGAACGAGGAGUCACCGGAGGGCUCCAGCACGGGCAGCUCGCGAGACCCGUCACCGAACUCGUCCGUACGGCGCCAGUCUACCACCGAAGAGAUCCUCAUUGCCAAGUGCCGUCAGCGCCGCGCCACCUCAGCCCAGUGCCGUGCCAUCUGGCUGUGA